UUUAAAUUUAUUUCCAUUUCUAAGCUUCCAAACAAAAUAUCGGCUGACCAAAGAAGUAUUUAUGUACGUUCUCAACGAAAAAAAAUUAAGGAAAGGCAUGAGAACUACAUAUAUUCCUCCAAUCAUGAGACUAGCAGCAACACUGGAAAUUUUAGCAGGUGGCGGGUACCAGUGGCAAACGGGAGGCGCACACACAGCACCCAUGGGACCAAGCACUCUGUCGAAGAUCUUUCGCGACACGUUGUCAUCCAUGGAAGACCAUUUAUGUAGCCAAUGGAUAGUUUAUGAAAAAGACUUCCAGCCGUGUAAGGAGUGGUUCAAUCAAAAAUACAAUUUUCCUGGGGUUGUCGGUGCCGUCGAUGGUACGCAUUUGCAGUUGCUAAAACCUGUGGAAAACGAACACAUAUAUUUUAAUAGAAAAGGCAAACAUAGCAUUAAUGCAAUGCUAAUCUGCGACCAUAAAUUAAUUAUAAGAGCUAUAUGCCCAAAAUUUGGGGGGGCUGCACACGACUCGUUUGUGUGGAAGGCCUCCAAUGAGAGAAUGGUAAUGGAGCGACGAUACAACAGCGGAGAUACAAAUUCUUGGCUAUUAGGCGAUUCUGGAUACCCUCUUGAACCAUGGCUAAUGACCCCAUACCGAUUACGAGAAAAUGAAACUGACGCAAGUAAAUGUAUCUACAAUGAUAUACAUAGCAAAGCAAGGAGCGUUGUUGAAAGAAGCAUUGGGGUUUAUAAAGGGCGCUGGAGGAUAUUAUCUGACGACAGAAAGCCAAGGUAUAACCCAACAUUGGUUGCCAAAAUUGCAAACGUGUGUGCAGCUCUGCAUAAUGUGUGCAUCAGCCGCAAUGUUCAGUUUGAAAGCAAUAACGAAGCUGCAACUUCACGACAAGAAAGAGGGGUAGAUACCACUCCACCAGAAAUAGUUAACCGAGAAGCUGAAAGAAUAAGAAAUCGAAUAAAAGAACAUUUUUCCCAAACCGCAAUGUAA